AUGGGCACCUGUUACAAGUGGAGUCCCACAGGGGUAAGUUCUUGGGCCGCUCACAUUCAUUAUCUAUGUAAAUGGCCUAGUACGGGAGGUGAAAUCGGACAUAGCGCUUUUUGCAGACGAUCUUAAACUUUGGAGAUCGAUAAAAGAUGAAGAUGACGUCCAGAUACUACAAGAGGAUGUAGAGAAUUUGCACGCAUGGAACAAGAAAUGGUGCAGGAAAUUCAACGUCAAAAAGUGUACAGUAAUGUACGUAUUAUCAACAUGGCGAAGAACAAAUGCACCCUCACGAUCAACAGCUUAAAACCGUAGAUGUGCAAAAAGAUCUCGGUGUAUUCAUUAAAGACGAUCUAAGCGUCACCACGCAGUGUUCUAAAUUCACUGCGCGGGCAAUGUCAGUUAUGAGCGCGAUACGCAGAACGUUUAUUUACUUUAAUAAAGACGUCUUUGGCAAAGUAUACGGGACAUUUGUGCGGCCGCACCUGGAAUAUGCGGUACAGGCUUGGCGGCCGUGGCUUCGGAAGGAUAUAUAUAUCCUUGAAGGUGUACUAAGGCGCGCUACAAAGGCUGUUUAUGGCCUCAAAAAUUUUAUGUACGAGCAACGUCUGACGACCUUGAACCUCUAUCCCCUCCAAUACAGGCCAGACAGAGGUGACCUCAUAACAACGUUCCAGUUGGUAAAAGGACUUAAUCUGGAUGUCGACUGGGAAACGUUUUUUGAAAUAGCACGCAAGUCUAAUCUCAGACGACAUGAUUACCAGCUUAAAAGGGAACUGUGACACACAAAUCAACGUUCCUCCUUUUUUCUCAUAGAGCGUCAUUCGCCAAUGGAACUCUUUGCCGGAGUAUGUUGUAAAUUCCCCUACCGUGAACGUGUUCAAGAGACAACUGGAUACUCACCUGCUGAAAGGCAGCCCGAAUUGCCGAAGCCUGAUCUAACGGAUUACUAAGAUGACUAUAAAUAUACCACUAACAGGAUAUCAACAGAUCCUUUUUAGUGCGUCAAACUUAGCCCAUUUGGAAAUUUUCACAGUCCGAAUGCGGUGAACAAACUUUUUCGCAAUUCUUUCAUGAAUACCAUGCCCCUUUCGCCUUUGUGUUACAUUAGUAGAUUUAUGAAUUCUCCUUACUAAAACUGCAAGCAAAUGUUUUGCAAUUUAACUAUUUUCCCUUAUAUCUGUACCCCCUAAAUGGAGUUUUCAGGGCUUCUGUCGUUUACUCCAAAUAUACUGAUUGACUGAUACUGUCUGAAAUUCGAAGGCGCGUUUCAGAGUUUUUUGAUUUUCAGCUGAAACUAUACACAUCCAAAGCGAGAUUCAUCCUCGUAUUCCACAGUUUCCGGCAAUUACGCCUUUGGCGCGUUCUGCAUUUUCCUUUCCGUGUAAAGUAAGCCAGUGAAGAUCAUUUUCACAAGGUUUUCCUUCAAGCGAAUUGACGGCACUAGUCCUGCUGUCACAAACUUAAAAUUGCUGAGAGUCCAUAAACCUAGGCGAAGAUGCAUUUUCCUCUCCGAAUCCAUGACGAAAAAUUCGUAUUUUAUAUGAUCAAAUACGGUGUUUUCUUAAAAAUGAAUAAUCAAACAAUGCUUCUAUGUGUUUACAUCACUUUAAAUAGACAAAUUGCAUGAAGUAUAUUUGGAAAGAUCUCGACGGUUUGGAGGUCUCGAAGGCACUGAAUAAAAUCAGAUUUUCAAGGAUUUCGAACCUUUCGUUUUGUUUGGUCGUCCGCGCUUAAUUUGGCUCCUUUGUCAGUCUAACUGGGCUGAUAAACGAAGCGUGCUUGACUUUGUAUUCUGACGAAUUCUGAUAGAUAAAAUUUUUCCUGAAGGACAGACAGUAAUUCUCUACGUACGCUUCGGACGCCAAUGUAAGGGACAGUAAGUUUGAAGUGGCAUUCAAGCCGAAGUAGUCCUGGUUGGAGCUCAGAAUAAUACCGUUGUGCACCGUGGGCUCAGUUAAUUUGGGAAGGGGGUUUCGGCAGUGUUCCCUAACUUCUGCUAGAUUCGUGUUGGAUUUCCAAAAUGGAAUGCGGCACAAAUGUUCAUGUGAAGUAAUAACAGACGUGCCUAAAGUCUAAUUGUGCAGAGCGGAGACCUGAGCGGUCUAUUCCAGUCAUGCUAAGAAACUCAACAACUUCCAUGUCAGCUGUUUUUGCAGAAUACUAAAGCUAAGAUGACAACCCUGCCAGCACAUUGCUUCUUCAUAGGCGGGGCUGGGUGGGGCCAGAGCCCCGCCUGCCAGCACAUGGCUCCUUCAUAGGCGGGGCUGGAGGGGGCUGGGCGGGGCCAGAGCCCCCUCUGGAUUGAAGCCUUUUGAAGCGUUUUUGCAUCGAAAGAUAUGUUCCAAAAGCACCACUUAUUGUACCUUCUUUGGAAUUUAAAGGAGCUAAUUUAUCAAAAUUGGCUUAUAAACCAUGGAGAAAGCAUCCGUUUACGCCCACUGAAUGUAGCUGCGGAUGAGCACAAUAUAUUGAGGUUUUGUUUAAGUCCCUCAUUGCUUAAACUCUUAUUUGUCCACCGGUUUACAAUCUGUGUGUGUUAUUAAUUCGUAUAUUUGACAAUGGGGACGAUAUUUUAAAGUGGUGCCAAAAGUGGGCUGGGAUGUGGCGUCCCCUGCGCAUUUUUUUUCGCUGGCGGGGCUAGGCGGGGCUAUCGCGUUGCAUGCCCCGCCACAGCCCCCUCCACAGCCCCGCCUAGCCCCCUCAUAGCCCCCUCUAGCCCCGCCAUUAUUGAGGGGGCCAGGCGGGGCUAGGCGGGGCUGGUGCUGGCAGGGAAGACAGGAUCCCCGACACGAAAGUUCUAGAAAUGACCGGGAUUCUCAGCAUCCACGCCAUGCUAAGGCAACUGCAAUUACGUCGGAGUGGUCACCUCGUGAGGAUGGAAGACACGCGUCUACCGAAACAACCGUUCUUUGGUGAUGUCGCCACAGGUACUCAUCGACCAGGAAGACGAAAACGGCGCAACAAGGACGCAUUAAAGCGACUGCAUACCAACCCAAAACGUGGAAGGAUCCCGUCCAGAACAGCUCGGCCUGAAGGAAAAAAGUGGAGACUGGUGCCGCCAUCUACGAAGAGAAUCGGAUCGCCACUGCCAAAGCCAAACGGAAGGCCAGCAAAUCACAACUGCCUCGCCUCCUCAAUGCUAAUUAUCUGUCGCUUUCAAUAUGCCCGUGCUGCCAACGAACACCCCGCUCACGAAUUGGUCUCGUGGGACACCUUCGGAGCUAACGAUCCGUCAACACGACAAGGUUUGACUUUUCUCCCAAUUGCGCCCCUCCCACAAGUCCCGCGCUGACCGCCAUUCCCGUCACCGCAAAUCACACUGUCGCUGCCAUGCCGUCACCAUUCACUGACAGCAUCCGCCGCGUUCAAACCCCUGCAUCGACCGCUACGGCCGGCAACACUACUUGACUUCACGCAGUCUCCCCAUCGAUCGGACGAAGUCUAAAGUCCCGCCACCUGCUAAUACCACUAACAACAUUCCUACCCUCAGCGAAGUAGAAUCGGUUCCAGGCUGUCCUCAUCGCGAUCGCACAUUUACUUCACAAAGCAGCCUGGUCGGUCACUUGCGAAUCCAUCGCCCAGAGACUGGCGAACCAGUGUCUGUAACGCCAACCUACACUCACCGCAUCCGCCUCCACUGGUCUCACUGCACCCGCACAUUCAUUCGCUGCAUGGGCCUAUUAGGUCACGUGUGUACCCACGAAAACAUGCAGUAGAAAAUCGCCUGCUGCCUACACUUAUCUCCACCAGCAUCUGCGUCAUAUAACAACAUCUUCUAUCAUCACAAAACGCAAGGACUCAAUCGCCACCUCCCACUCAAGUGGGAAGUUUGCUUCACGACUCCGUCUCCUUGCGGCUCCUCUACCGCAUGCGUGGUCCGAGUCUGAGACUAUUACGGUGCGCCAAGCUCCGUAGCUUGUAAGGCUGCCAGCUGACACCCCAAAUCAGUCCUCAGUCUGGUCAAUUGGGUAUGCUUAUGUGGAGUGGCGGACUGGUGGGCUGAGAUCUAGGCUGUUACAGCUGCUUCUGAAAGUGAUCCAUGGAAGUCUCACGCAUGCGAGGAGUAUGUGUCACUUAGAGGGUAGUGUCUUUUCGUCGCUGACUGACUGCUUACACAGCCUUUGAGGGAUAAUGGCCCAAGCAAAUGCAGGGCUGUCACAUUUCUCGUUCCCCAGGUUUAAGAACGUCUGCUUUGCCCUGAUCAGCAGAUCAUGGUUCUCACAGACUGGUGUACGCUGGCAGCUCUCCGGUAUCUGGUUCUCUGUCGGUAGAUGCGCCUGCGAUGCCGCUGGAUACGCAGGUCGUGCGCUUGGCUAAUCGGUCGUCCACGUCCUUUCGGUUGUUGUUGGUUAAAAUACUGGUCAAGUGUUUGUUGUGGACCAAGGGAUGUUGAGUAGGACGCCAAGGUGCGGAUUCGGCCUGCGCUUUCCCCGCCUCCGGUCUUUUUGACUCUGUCUUGGAACCGGCUCCAAGUGGAGAGGAGGGGAAGUGCGGUAGAUGCUACGCAAGUCCACUUCCAUUAUAAACUAAUUCGGGCAUAUGUCACCUCGCCCGCUUGGCCUUACUGCGGAGCGCACGGAGAACAUCGUCGGAUGCGACUGUCGGACUAUCAUCAGUACUCAGUCGUAAAGCUUGUGCGUUAGCAGACUGACUUUGUAAUCCUCGGCUCUGAGCCUCGGGAAGUGGUGAUACCGAGGGAUAACCAAAAAUUUUCACUAUGUAAGCAAAACAUUAGAUUCUUUUGGCAGACCGAACAUGACAACUACCCGUCUAAGGCAAGCAAACUAUGCCUUGCUUACCUCAGAAUCGAACCAUGAUGGGCUAGCUUGAGUACAACCAAAGGAAAAAAUUUGCUAACAUAUCUGUCACCAUUGUCUACGCACCAACGUCAACAACCAACUGAUGUGAAGAGGCCUCCUACUUGAAAAUGGCAGCUACUUAAGAGACCCUUGUCGCUGAUCGUUUCCAGAGGAAUGGAAUGGCCGGGACCUGUCAGACGUUUCUUCAAACAAAAACUUUAGUUCAUAGAAGCGAAAAGGCGAUCCACAGGAAUCAGUUCAGAAGACGAAGAUGCGAUCACUGAAACAAGGAAUUUAUUGGUCUGACGUUUCGGAUUCUCGCUCGAACCCACCAGUCGCAGAUAAGGGUAUUGAUGUCACAAGGAAUACAGUAUUUAUAUCACGUGGCUGCCGCGGGAUCAUACGUGCACUGUAAUUAACAGCUCUCACAAUUACCGCUGUGGUCGUAAAUGAUGCGAUGGUGGCUUGUCCGUCCGCGUCCAAGUCGUUAAUAGUAGUGAUUUUUUCAUCCGUGUUGGAUGCUGGUGUGACGAUUGCUCAGCAAACUGGAUCACUGUCACUGGGAUAAUUUAUCGCCGCGCCCUCCCCACGUGACUGAUUCUCCUGCCCCGGGGAAAAUCGCAGCACGGAAUGUGGUACCGGGAGGUCAUUGUGCCUGUUGAUAGAUUGCGGGCCUGAGAACCACGACUCCAGGAGCUCGCGGCUCACGCGGUUGUCACCCCUUGCGAGAAUUUCCACCUCAUGAAAAUUGAAAAUAUGGACUCGUCCCGUCGAAUGAGCCGCCACAUGAGAGCUAGCGUUUCCCCGCCUUACUGCUGCUGGGUGCUCGGCAAUUCGCGUCCGGAGUAAUCUUCCAGUUUCUCCGACGUCGCUGCAUUGUCGAAAAUUGUACCAGAUCCGGUAAAUGACUUCUGACGUUUCCUGCAGUGGCAGUGGGUCUUUCGGUCUCAUGACUUGGCGCCUGAUGGUUGCUUCCGGCCUGUGUACAACCCAAACUCCAAGCGGAGUGAAAAGACGACCGACGGCUUCCGAGACGUUCUUCACGUACGGAAGAGCCCGCCAAAAGUUUGGGCGGUUGUAUACGGUCUCUGGUGUCGUCGUCGUAUGCGCUGGUUGACAACGUUGCGCGGGUAGACAUUGGCUUUCAGUACCCACCAAAGGUAUUGUAAUUCAGCAACCUUGUUUUCCAUUUCACUGCAGUGCGUCUCAAAGCGCCGGUAUAGCGCCCUUACGCAACAGCGUUUGGCACUGAUCGGAUGGUUGAUGUUUGAAUUCAGUAUUUGCGUCGUAUUUGUCGCUUUCCUGAACACUGUUUUUAAGACCACUACAAUCAUUGCGUUCAACGAGGACAUCCAGGAAAGCCAGCUCGUUGUUUUCCUCCUCCUCCUCCUCCUCCUCCUCCCCCUCCUAUUCCUCCUCCUCCUCCAUCGUAAAUUGCAUGUCCGGGAAGGCGGCGUUGAGAUGUUCUUCGAAUAUCAGCACCUGAUCCCCUUCGAUGACGACGAAGGUAUCAUUCAUAUUUAA